AUGGCAACUGGGAAGUCUCACUGGGAAGGACUUUCAGAAAGCAGUGUACAUGGACAGCGACAUGAUCGUGACGCAGAACAGCGACCACUUGUGCCAGCGACCGGAGCUGUCCGCCGUUCGCGAUCCUGCGAUGAACGCCAGGGCGAAGACGGGCUUCAUUCCGAGGAGUUCAAUGCGGGGCUCAUGGUCUUGGAACCCAACGAGGCCACCUUUCAGCGCUUGGUGGACUUAGCUCCUCAGGUGCGCAGCUCUUCAGGUGGUGUGCAGCCCUUGCUGCGUGCUGCCUUCCCGGACUUUCAUCCGCUGGACCAUUGGCGCGACAAUGCCGCUUGGCUGGGAGCACGUCCGGGACGUGCUUGGUAUGACUGUAAAGACCGUGAAACGGAGACUCACUGA